AUGUCGGCUCAAGCUUCGUCUUCGGCUCCCCGUCAUGCUCACGCCAGAGCACUGCUUGGACCUCAAGACUUCGCAAGGGUAGCGAGCGCAAAGCUGCUAGUUGUUGGCGCGGGUGGAAUCGGCUGCGAACUGCUCAAGAAUCUCGUCUUGGUCGGCUUCAAAGAUAUCGAAGUGGUCAGUGCUGUACAGCUCCGCUUGAGACGUUGGUCGCUACUCAGGCUCACGCUGCCUCUGAUCUGCAGAUCGAUUUGGACACCAUAGAUCUCUCAAACCUUAAUCGGCAAUUUCUGUUCAACAAGUCGCACAUCAAGAAGUCCAAAGCUUUGAUCGCCAGUAGCGUAGCCCAGACAUUUUGUCCCAGCGCUCGCAUUCAACCUCACCAUGCCGACAUUCUGCGAGGAGGACCCAACGGCGGCAAAGAUGGCGCGAAAUUCGGGGCAGCGUACUAUGCAGGCUUCGAUGUGGUGCUCAAUGCAUUGGACAACUUGGAAGCGAGGAGGCAUGUCAAUAAAAUGUGCAUUGCUGCGGGCACACCACUGGUGGAGAGCGGCACUGCUGGUUUCUUGGGACAGGUGCAGCCCAUCAUGAAGGUGCGUGUCUCUGGGAGCGAGGUGGCGCGCUCGUCUUGACCUCCACUUAGCAAGUCUGCUCCGAUUGGCUGUCUCUUUUGUUGUUAGGGCAUCACCGAGUGCUACGAUUGCGUUCCGAAAGAAACGCCGAAAUCCUACCCAGUCUGCACAAUCCGUUCGACGCCUAGCACACCUAUUCACUGCAUUGUCUGGAGCAAGAGCUGGCUUUUCAAGUGAGCCGACGCCUUCGAUUCGUUCAGCACGCACACAUGCGGAUAUGCUCACCGCGUGUUGCACCCUUACACAGUCAACUAUUUGGAGAAGAUGACGAGACUGAGGACGUCGAGCUUGAUAAGGCGCUUGCAGAGGGGGAGAAUGGUGAGUGUUUCUUAUUGAUGCAUUUCUCGCGCAAUCUACGUGGCUCUUACUCUGCCUCCGUUGUCCGCUGACAGCUAAAGAGAUCGAUAAUUUGAGGGCCGAAGCCCGCGAAAUGAGAGACAUCCGCUCCUCUCUCUUAGCCAGCCCCGAGAAGGUGCGCGAGAACGCGCUCAGAGUGUUCAACAAGGUAUUCAAAGCGGACGUCGAGCGUCUACUGAGCAUGGAGGAGAUGUGGAAGAAUCGCAGGAGGCCGGUGCCCAUUGAUUUUGAGAGUGCUAGAACGGCCGCCACAGAAGCUGAAAGGGAGCAGAGUGGCUUGAAAGAUCAGAGGUUGCUGAGCCUGAGGGAGACUGUUGAGCUGUUUGAGCAGAGGUGAGGUCAAGGAUACUGCUCUAAGAGAACAUGUGCUCGGCUGACUUACCGCGUGAAUUUUCGCGCAGCCUUGGAGCUCUUGCGCAGCGCUACGCUCGUGAUCCCUCAGAACCCCUCUCCUUCGACAAAGACGACGACCCGUCCCUAGACUUUGUGACAUCCUCAGCAAAUUUGCGCGCAAGAGUCUAUGGCAUCGAGCCACGCACGCGGUUCCAGGUAAAGCAAAUGGCGGGCAACAUCAUUCCAGCCAUCGCCUCUACGAACGCAAUCAUUGCCGGUGCUCUGGUGCUUCAAGCCCUUCAUGCUUUAGCUGGAAGAUGGGACCAAGCCAGACUGGUCAAGAAGACUAGCUUGCCUCAAUUCAUCGUUGGGAGCAAGACGACCAAGCCCAACCCUGCCUGCGGAGUAUGCCAAAACGUAUACGUGCCUUUCGCAGCUGAUCCGAGCCGAGUCACGCUUGGCCAAGUGAUCGAGGAGGUCGCAAAGGGCUCAAGAAUACAAGGCGGUGGCUUGGGCAUCCAAGGCGACCUUGAAGUCUACGAGGGCAACCGCCUUCUCGCCGAUUCUGAUUUCGAAGACAAUCAUUCGAAGUCGUUGGCAGAGCUCAGCAUCGCAGUCGGGAGCAUCAUCAGCCUAGUGGACGAGGAAGGGGAGAAAGCAAACGUCAACCUCCUCAUCGAGACUCUUGAUUUGAGCAGCGUCAUUGAAGGGGCAGAUCCAGCUCCUUGGGCCUUGCCGCCCUUGAAUAAGUUGCCAGAUCUCAUCGACAGGCCCAUCAUUCCAGAGCCCAAGCCGGAUACAGAGGAUGAGAAUGACGACGUCGCCAUUGUCGAUGCGCCAUUGGGUCCCGAGAGAAAGGCAUCGGGCGAUCGCAAGCGACGUGCAGAUGAGGAUCUGCAUAGAGAGGCGAGCAGCAAGCGCAAAGCUGCAGAGGCAGAUGGAGGAGAUCAGAAGGACGGCAAGGCACGAAGGGCUCACGAUGGGAAUUCCUUCGAAUCAGCUAUCGAGCUCUAG